AUGGAAUCUUCAACAUCUAAUUUACAAUUAGCACAGGUUUAUUUAUAUCGAUAUGUUGGUCCAAUAUUUAUCAUUAUUGGUAUUGUAAGUUGUGUACUUAGCUUAAUAGUUUUUACUCGAAAAAAUCUUCGAAAAAAUACAUGUUCCAUUUAUUUCAUUGCAUUUAAUAUUGCUAAUUUAUUAUUUAUCCUUGUGUCAUUAUUAUCAUUUACACUUGAAAUAGGAUAUAAUAUCGCUCUUGCUUUACAUUCUUUAUUCUACUGUCGUUUCCGUUUAUAUUUCGCAUUUUUUUUCAAUAUUUUAUGUCCAUCAUAUUUACUUUGUGCUUCGAUUGAUCGUGUUUUAAUUACUUCAUUUCAUGCUCGAAUAAGACAGAUAAGUACUCUUCGUCUAGCUUAUUUAACUAUUGCAAUUCAGCCAUUAUUUUAUAUCUUAAUUUUAAUUGUUGUCAUAUUCGUUACAAAUAUUUUACAAAUCGAACCAAAUUAUUUUUAUUGUUAUAUUGAACCAGGUGAAUUUACUCUAAUAUUAACUUAUAUUUCAAUUUUGAAAGAAAUUUUUAUACCAUCAUUAUUAAUUAUCUUUGGUUUGUUAUCAGUAAGAAAUAUUCAAGCGAUGCGUCGUGUUAGAAUUGUACCUGUUUCAGGUUCAAAUCGUGUUGUAGGAGGACAAAAUUCAAAUUCUAUGCGUUCAAGAGAUCGACAAUUUGUUCUUAUGCUAAUUGUCGAUAUUGUAACUUAUAUUCUUUUUGAUUUUAUAAUGCCAUGUUCUCUUGUAUAUGAACAAAUAACAAAAAGUCAAACAAGUACUAUUGCACAAACACAAACUGUAUAUUUAAUUAAAAAUAUUGCAAUCUUUAGUGUACAUAUUCCAUUUUGUAUAAAUUGUUAUACACAUAUAAUCGUUUCAAAAACAUUUCGAAAUGAAAUUAAAAAUGUACUUUUAUGGAAAUAA